GAGAAGCGGCGCUUCUUAGGGGAAAGCCCAUCUCCGCGAGAUGCGAUGAGAAUCCUCUUCUUCUGUAGGGUAUGCCGGACGAAACUACGAGAUCGUCAUGUGCCUACGACGUGCUUUACAUGCCGAAUCUCGCUCUAUAAAGCGGAUUCUCGAGUCUCCGCUCGGCGGGAGCACGAAGGACGUCUCUGCUUUGUUUAAUGGUAUAAAACUUCUGAAGCCUAGUGAUGGAAAUAUUCAACAUGUAAUUGAGCAAUAAAGAUACUUAACUCCAUGAGAGCUCAUUAACUAUUUUACUUAUACGGAAUCUGUCAUAACAUUAUACGAGUCAAUAUAAAAGUUCCAAGUUGUGUAAAGAAGUAGAAAAUAGAAUUUAUCUCAUUGCUUUACUUAUUUUGUAUUACGUCAUGAGGUCUCGUUUCGGACACAUAAGUUUGCUAUCCUUCUCAAACGCAUCGUUCUAAGCAUGAAAAAUUAUAAAGAAUACUGAAAGUGCAACUAAUAAAUAUACAGUAAAUACAAAUUACAUAUUACGAAGACAAGAAGUACACUUCCUGAUGGGAGUAUCGUUGGGAGUUGCAAAUUAAGAAUUAGUGUGCAUUUAGAUCGUUUGGGUAAUUAAAUCUCCUUAGAUAGAUCUACGUAAAUAUGUUUGUCCCUGGCUCUAUCUCUUUCUUUAGCUCUCAUUCGCAAUAAGUCACCGCGAUAACAUUCUAGCGAUAACAUUCUGUGGUGAAGUAGAAGAGGGUUUCUUUUGUAGUGAUGCAAUCAGUGCCAUUUGAUCUCUUUCAUUUCAACGUAUAAGAAGUUCAGAAAACGUCUGUGGCGCAUCGUAGCAACAGCGUUGUUAUUGCAGUAGACUUCCCGGCACACAUUUCCUCGUGAUCGCGAGGAGAAAUUGCGCACAAAUGGCUGAAAAUCUACAGUUCUAAGAGGUUAUCAUGAUAUUGAGGUUAUAUGCAUCUCACAUGUGCUCCGGAUGAUCGAUGAAGCUGACGAUGGAAGGACUAUUACUUGGCAUGGGAAAUCCUCUGCUUGAUAUUUCAGCAACAGUAGAUAAUGAAUUUUUAAAGAAAUAUGACCUUAAGUCUAACAAUGCCAUCCUUGCUGAGGAGAAACACAAACCUUUAUACGAGGAGUUAAUUGACUUGUACAAAGCUGAUUUUAUCGCGGGUGGAUCUGUGCAGAACACUAUGAGAGUGGCCCAAUGGUUUCUGCAGAAACCAAAAGUUGCUACUUAUAUGGGCUGUGUUGGCAGAGACAAGUAUUCCAAGAUUCUAGAGGAUAAAGCAACUACAGAUGGUUUGAAUGUUCAAUAUCAAUACACCAAUCAAGAACCGACUGGAACUUGCGCAGUGCUUAUUACGGGGAAGGAACGUUCUUUGUGCGCUAAUUUAGCAGCAGCAAAUUGCUUUUCAUUGUCGCAUAUUGAAAAACCAGAAAACAAACAGCUGAUCGAUAUCGCGAGAUAUAUUUAUAUAUCGGGAUUUUUCUUGACAGUCAGCCCGGAAUCCAUACUAACGGUAGCCAAAUGUGCUUACGAGGACGACAAAAUAUUUAUGAUGAAUCUCAGUGCUCCUUUUCUUUGCGAGAUUUUCCGAAAGCCGAUGUUAGCCGCACUUCCCUAUGUGGAUAUUUUAUUUGGAAACGAGACGGAAGCGGAUACAUUUGCAAACGUCAACGGUUUCAACAUAACAGACAGGAAGCAGAUCGCACUAAAGAUCUCGGAGAUGAACAAAAUUAAUAAGAAGAGGAAAAGGAUUGUUGUUAUAACGCAAGGCGCUGAAGCGGUGCUUCUAGCGAAAGAUGGAACAGUGACGGAAUAUCCUGUUGUAAAACUGCCAGGGGAGAAAGUUGUAGAUACCAAUGGUGCUGGAGAUGCUUUCGUUGGAGGUUUUCUCGCGCAACUUAUACAAGGUAAAAGUAUAGAUACAUGCAUAAAAUGCGGUAUUUGGGCCGCGACGCAGAUCGUACAACGAUCUGGAUGUACUUACGAGGGAAAGCCGAAUUUCCAGUCUUGAUUGGCGCUAACUUGAUAGCAGUUGUAAAUUGUGUACUUAAUAAACAUCUUAAUGUUUUUUUUA